AUGUCGCGCCCAGCAGCGCGUAAGGCCGCUCCUAAGGGGGAAUACAUCGAGACCGAUUCCGGCAACAAAGUCUCCCGCCGCAGCGCGAUCACCGGUACUGCCAACAUCACGCUCGGCGGGCGCACCGUCAUCAUGGCCGACGUGCAACUGCGCGGCGACCUGCACCCCACACGCUCGGCACCCUCGUCGUCUGGGAAGCGUGAUUAA